AUGAAGUUCCAGCCUCGACGAUACUAUUGUACAGACCCAAACACAUCUACUUGUCGUCGUGGGUUCAAGUCUAUCAAUGGGUACAGGCAACAUCAAAGCACAGUCCACAUUGAGCCUCCACGACCUCCGCGACCUCGUGAACAUCCUUACGACCCUUCUGUUCAUCGUCACCAUCACAAUCAUGCCAACUUGGAGUCCGAUGAAGAUGUCGAUAUGGACUCUGACUCGGACUAUAGAGGUGCCUAUUACUUUCAACACCCUGUAUUGGACAGUACCCCAUGUGACAUCGACAGUAAUGACCUUGCCCCAGAGCAGACUCCAUUGUCUCCAAACUCACCAGUGGAGAAUCCGUGGACCCCAUUUGCAGGACGUAGUCAUUUUGAACUUGCAGACCUAUUAUUCUGUCGCAAUCAGAUGCCUGCCCAGCAGGUUGAUGACCUUAUGCAGAUUCUCGCCGGAAUGAACAAGACCGGUGUACCACCCUUCGCAAACGGCAAAGACCUUCACACUACGAUAGAUUCAAUUUAUUCCAGGGAUGUACCAUGGCAAUCCUUCACUGUCCAUCAUGCUGAUGCCGAUGGAUUAUUGGCUCAGGACCCAGAUGUCCCUCCAUGGAAGUUGGCAGAGUAUAAUGUGUGGUUCUGGGAUCCUCGUGAACUCGUUCGUAAUCAACUAUCCAACCCAGACUUUGCCGACAGCAUAGAUUAUUCUCCUCGUCAAGUUUUCAGUGAUGAAGGUCAACGAGUAUGGAGUGACUUUAUGACGGGUAAUUGGGCUUGGAAGCAAUGUGAUACUCUUGCGGACGAUCCUGACUGCCAUGGAGCCAUUUUUGUUCCUAUUAUUCUCGGUAGUGACAAGACUACGGUUUCAGUUGCGACGGGCCAGAAUGAUUACUAUCCACUAUAUAUCUCAACUGGUAACGUCCACAAUAUCAGCUUGGUAGGCUUUCUCUCUAUCCCAACAACUGAGAGAGACCACGAGGACUCCCCAGAGUUUCGUGAAUUCCGUCGACAUUUGUUUCAUACCUCUUUGGCCGCUAUUCUGGAGGCUUUCCGUCCUGCAAUGGAGAAGCCUGAGGUGACAAUGUGUCCUGAUGGUCAUUACUGUCGAGUGGUCUAUGGUUUGGGUCCAUAUAUAGCUGACUAUCCUGAGCAAUGUUUGCUCGCAUGUAUUGCACAGAGAUGGUGUCCAAGAUGUACAAAUUACCGAAAUGAUCUUGACUCUGGUCAAGGUGGACGACGAUCUCAUGUUCAUACUCGAGUCCUCAUGGAUGCGUUUUCGAGAAAUGAACUAUGGAAGGGGUGGGGUAUUGUUGAUGGGAUAUUGCCAUUUACUGCAUAUUUUCCUCGAGCAGACAUCCAUGAGCUUAUUGCUCCUGAUAUCCUCCAUCAAAUCAUUAAGGGGACAUUCAAGGACCACAUCGUGAAAUGGGUAGGAGAUUACUUAGUUCAUGAACAUGGUGAGGUACAGGCUCAGGUAAUAUGGGCUGAUAUUGACCGACGAAUUGCUGCAGUCCCAUCAUUUCCAGGGUUGCGUCGAUUUCCUCAGGGACGAGGAUUCAAACAAUGGACAGGUAAUGAUUCGAAGGCAUUGAUGAAGGUCUUUCUACCUGCAAUUGCUGGUCAUGUUCCAGACCGCAUGCUAGGUGCCAUCAGUACCUUCCUUAAUUUCUGUUAUCUGGUUCGCCAAUCUACCCUCAAUGAGGCUGAUCUUCAAGCCAUUGAUGACUCAGUUCGCAAAUUUUAUGCUGAACGUGUUAUCUUCCAGGAGCUUGGUGUGACACCAGAUAUCAUUUCUCUGCCACGCCAGCACUCUCUACUGCAUUAUCGCUACUUGAUCCAGCUGUUUGGUGCUCCUAAUGCUGUCAAGGAACCUUGGCGUCGAUCCAGUGGUAAUCUUGCCCUCGCUCAGAUGCUCAUCACCAACCAGCGUCUUGACAAACUUGCUGCAUUUCAUAUUCGCAUGGCUGCACAUGGCUUUUUGGAUACACCUAUAUUGCAUCAAAAUGUUGUUGCUAUCCCUCUUAGCCCUGCAGAUCCAGAUCCAUUCUGUGACGACACCAAUGUUGAUGAUGCUAUUGCAGUAGAUGAUCUGAUACCAUUCAGUGAGGCUCAGGUAAUUAUUCAACUUGCAAAAACAAAAGCUCCAGGAUAUCCUCCACAUCUCCGACCAUUAGGACAGCAUAUUGGUUGUCCUGAUCUUCAAGAACUUGUACGACACUUUUUUGAUAUCUGUGGUGUUGGUGGAAUGCAUCGCCAAGUCAUCAGGUCACUACCAAGCUGGAGAGGUGGCCCUGCUCGCCAUAACUGUGUUUUUCUUGAACAUGAUUCUACUUUGCCAGGGUUUCGUGGACUUUAUGUUGCUCAAGUGAUUUUAUUGUUUUCUUUUACUUAUAGACAGGUGGAUUAUCCUUGUGCACUUAUACGAUGGUUUGAUACCAUUGGAGAUGAGCCAUGCCCAAAUACUGGUAUGUGGAUGGUGGAGCCUGAAUAUAAUGCAGAAGGUGAUUGCCUUGUUUCUGUAAUUCAUUUGGAUACUAUUCUUCGUCCUGCUCAUUUGAUUCCAAUUUAUGGGUCACAUUUUCUUGAUAGAGAUGUCCACCACACAGACUCUUUGGUAAUAUUUGCAGGUUAUUAUGUUAACAAAUAUUCUGACUACCAUGCAUAUGAAGUAGCCUUUUGA